CGCGUCAGUCAGCGACGGUCGUCGUCGGUGCUCUCACGCGGUGUCCCCGCCGUAUGGCCAUGCGUCGCCCCGUCGACCUGGUCACGAUCGCAGGAGCACACAAUAUCGUCGUCGAUCGCCGAGUCGCCAUCAGCCCGGCGCGCUCGCGGAGACGAGCGGUAAACGCCGCCGCGCGGCCCACCCCGAGCGGAACGAGCACGCGGAAGGUGUUUCCUCGCCGCUUCACGAAGGGAGCCCGUUCGCGCGCGUCAACGUUAAGGAGCGUCAACGACGAGAGGAUCGCCUGGCUGAAGUAACUUUCACCCUCGCAUCCCCCGAGAAGGUGGUCGCCGCUGCGCGCGGCAAUCGCCGCGAGCGGGAGGACCUUGCCUAUCGCCGCCUUGCCUACCGCCUCGGCCGAAGCGAGUUAGUGCUAUUCUCGAUUUCCGCGCGAGCACCGCCACCGCCGCUCUCGUCUCUCGGUCGUCGAGGACGGAUUACAACAACGCAGAGUACAGGCUCCGAUUUCACGACGUGUUCGAAUUCCGAGUAGUCGCUAGUUCCACGACUCGUCGCUUCGGAAGAGACACCAGUGAUUUUCCGCCGAACGAGCGAAAACACACAAAAAAAAAAGAAAUAGAGAAGAAGAGGUGACAGCGAUCGAAUACAGGGUGAAUCAGGGAUAAUCGGAAGAAGAGUACAGUGCGGUUCUCUCGCGUUUGCAAAAUUUGAUCUGACGGCGGACAGCGCUCGUGAAGAAUCUGUGAAGUGUCACGCGUCGUACGUAAUUAUCGAGCUCCGUGUGUCGCGAUCGUUUGCGUUCGCAGCGGUACCAGUUUGACGCCUCGAUCGCGAGCAGGGUCUCGGCGCCUCGGGGACAGCGUACUGCCGGAGUUUUCGUUUUUCCCGUGUAUACGUAUUGCGUUAACGCACAGCUGCUGCUGCUGCUGCUGCUGCUGCUGCUGCACUGGACCGCGAGGGAGAAGCGGCGCGGGACACUCUUUGGCACGGUUAUGUAAACGGGCGCCGACAGUUGUUGCGCACCGAUCCGAUCAGCAGAGGUAGUUUUCUCAGAGCAGGAGGAAGUGAACAGGACGCCGAGCAGCACCGGCGAGAUCCCGCUCUCUCUCUCUCUCUCUCUUUCUCUCUUCCUCUCCAUGCGUGCGACCGGCGGGAAAGAAACAAGGGUAAAACAAGAGAGCGCCGUCGCGUCGAGAGAGACACGUGUCCAUUAUCGGAGGUUGCGCUCUGAUCGAGAAAAUCCUGUCCUAUCUCCGACGACUGGUUCUGCGGAGAGAGCCGGCGAAAAAAGGGUGCGCUUCCCUGGCGACGACAACUAUGAGUAAUCUGAGCGUCGAUCUACCAUCGAUCGCCUCUCGGCACGGUGUUGUGCCAACGACACGCCGAAGAACGUCGACGUAGCGCCGACAACCGACAACCGACAAGCGACAACGCGAGCGAUCGGCAAUCGCCGUUUUAUCGCCGAGAGCGUCGAGAGCGUCGAGAGAUAGCACGCGUAGCGGCAGUGCGCGAUCGCAACUAUUCGUCAUUCCCCCUCCCCCGCUCCAAGAGGAGAAUAUAAUUACGAGAAGACAAGACAGUCGGAAUCCCUGUUUGGAGCGUUGCUGGAGGGCAUCAGUGUCGUCGGAAGGAAGUGGAACGUGUGUAGUCCUCCACUUGAUCGCCCGGACCAUCGUAUAUCUCGCGUAAUGCACGUAAAUUAUGCGUCUCGCGUUUCUCUCUCCGAAGGAACGGAAACUGGAGGCAACAGCGAGCGUGAGGCGCGUUUGCACUCGGAGAUAACACGCCUGUUGCGCUUCCUUCACCUACGAUCUUCCUCCUCUCGGCCGGCCUCUCGUUACCGCGGCGGUGAGAAACGGCGGUGUGCCUCGUGACUCUUCCGAUUCCAUCUCUCGCUCGGUUAGCCAACGGAGUCAACCGGGUUGGUGUCAAUUCGCGGUCUAUUCACGUGUCAAACGUACCGUAUUUGCCUAACGUUACACACGUGUUCUCGCGUGUGCGUAAGUGUGCCAUGCGAGAGGACCCCAUCACCAUCUCGCCUUUGAAACUCGUCCAGGAGGCCGCUGCCUCUACCGAAGAUCUUUCGUGAUCCAUGCGAUUCGGGGAAGCCCGCGGACGCCGCCCGUCUGUGUGAUUUUCUCGGAAGCUCGGGAGAGAACGGCCACGCGAUAAUUAUGCGUUCCGACACUCGGGAAUAUCGCGUCGAUGCAACGUGAGAGAGAGAGAGAGAGGGAGAGGGAGCACUUUGGACUCGCGUCAAGAGUGAAUGGGAACCGUGCGAGAUUUGAGAUCGACGCGAAAGUCAUCGGGGGGAGUUACUUGGAGGCAAACAAAAUUUGUCGAUUAGUUCGUCUUCGCGACGAGGAAGAGGAGAUCGAGAGGAAUCGAGUGACAUUUCCCUCGGUGAACGCGCGAAACGUCCGGUUACCGUUAUCCCCGUGUGCUCGUAGCACGCUUGAGAAUCCAUUUGCUUAGAUCUCGAAGGCAAACCCGUCGACAAUAAUAUCUCGAGGAGUGUACACGUCGAGUAACUCGCGCGACGGCUCGCUCUUUUUUUUUUACUUCACACGAGCCGCACGCAAACACCCCGGAUCGCGGACUACGUCUGACCGGAUCUUCCUCGUUCGAGAACUUUGGCCAAAGAUUCUGAGAAAUCGCGAGUCCCUCGUGAGGACUCGUUAUUCACCGGAGGAAAACUCUCGACGUCCGCGCUGCUGUCGUGGAAACUUCGACUGGCAGACUUUGAGUUGCAGUUACGCCAGAAUUCCUACGUUUCUUCGUUCUGAUCGGCGGCGCGGUAGCCAUGUCACCGCCGGAUCGGCACGGCGGAUCAUCACGAGAAAUCGGCGUGGAGCCGGGAGAGAGCCGUCGUCGGCCCGAUAUAUUUGGGGCCACCGAGUAACGCCGGCAGCCGAGGAAUCGGUAACCGAAGAAUCGAUACGAACGGGUCGAGCCACCAGCUCGCAACCUACGGCCUCCUUGCUGGCCUGGCCAGCUACUAUGCGAAUUGAAGCUCUCAGCACCCUCGUCGCGGUGGUUUGGCUGACCGCAGUCCUGUGCCCGCGGCUUACUGCCGCCAACAAUCUGACUUUAUCCUUCUCCUCUCGAAGGCCUAGGGAACAUCCUUUCAGAGGACAUAUCUCUCGCUGGGCAGAGCCACUGGAGGAUCCGAACAAGCGGAUGACAUAUCGGGAGAUGCAGAUGAUCCUGCGUCAGGAAAGCGGCGAGGACGGCCGUCCGGUCGACUGUUGUCCUACGAUAGAGGAAAUGGUGGAACCGGUCGGCGGUCGAAAUCGAGCGGACAUGUACGUCGAGCUCUAUCGGGAUGGCGAGAACGUCCAGAGGUUCUUCGAGUACUCCUGCAGGCCAGACGUCCUCGGCAAACCGUGCAGGUUUGUCGAUCGGAAGUUCAGCAACCAGUCCAGAUGCGUGCAAAAGUUCUCGUACACGUACGCUAUCAUCCAGAAUUCUGGAUCAAAGAUUGGAAUGGAGGAGCACAGAAGGCAUCACCACAGGGAGCACCAUCACUUUCCCGCGUUUUCCAGUAACACCGUGAGCGGAUCCGGAUGGACGUUGGACUACAUCAGUGUGCGAAGUGGCUGCAGCUGCGAGAUCAUGCCGAAGCCGAAGAAGAAGAAAAUCAUGGCGACCAAGGCGAGGAAAGCGAAGAGCAAACAGCGUCAAUCAAGAGACCAAGAGUCGGACUUUGAGACGUGAGAGUGUCGAUUCGCGUCCUAAUGACAGUACAUUGUGCAGUAAUUGUGUUGCGACUGACAGGAUAAUGCGCGUGCGAAUGUGAGAUUAUGUAUGAGACGUGGGGGAUGAGUGUGAAGAGCAUUACUAAUCGUCGGACGCAAUGAAAACGUUACCAACGAUCAUAUCAUCGAUUUUUCUGAUGACAUUUACAUAACGAUAAUUUAUUAGACAUUACCACGGGCGGUAGAACGCGUUGUUUUGUGAAUGGCGCGUUCGAUCAAUCGGUUUAUACUCCUUGGUGCUUCAUUUACAAAUAUCUUUCUUAGCGUAUUUUAAAUAUUUUUCUAUUUAUUAUCAGGCACUUUGAUAGGAAAUUUUUGCGAAUUAAACGUAAGCGUGAUUCGUCAAAUUUCAUCAAAAUUUGCCGAUUUUGAAGUUAUGAUCUUACAGUAGCAAGCUCAAUCAGAAAUCGAGAACUUUCAUAACGAAUGUAACAGUUGCCAGAUGUUGCGAUCAAAGAACGAUGUUUCACGAAAAUAAUAUAUUGGGAUAAUUCAUUAAUUUCUUAAUAAAAUAGGCGUGUGUCUCGAUGCGCAUUAAUUUAAUACUUUAGCGUAAUCAAAUCUAAUCUUCAUUUUAGCGGCGGCCAGUUUUCAUUCUGUACUUUUAUUGUGUAUAUUAUAAAUUUGUAUGUACCCGGUAGCUUGUGAGAGUUCUAAUAAGAUACAUGAUAUUUCGAUUAAUUAGAAUCUAACUCAUUGCAUCUAUAUCUAGAUCUGCGAGGCACGUUGUUGUUCAAUAACGAAGAUGCAAAUCGUAGUACUACUAAAAUCUAUUUAAUUAAAAUUGGUGUAAAGUAUAUAUUUUAUUUAAACUAAUACUAUUUGGCUUAGGAAACAUUGACUAUAGAUGAAUAAAACGUGCCAACAACCAUGACAAUUAUUAAUAUCUGACUAAGAAAUGCGGAAAAACACUUAUAUAAAAUCGUUAGUUUAAGUCUUUUUCACUGCGCGAAUUUUCAUUGCACGUCAACAUCAAUGAAAUAUAAACGUAUAAAUGAAAGAUAUAUUAAUGGCUAAAAUAUUUCUCCUCUUUUUUUCAUAUAAUUUUUUUUCUUUCAUUUUUUCCGUAUAUUGAUAAUUUUGAUUAAUCCUUGCACUACUACGAUGUGCAAUGCAGAUUUGUGGAGGGUUGUAUUUUUAAUUUACAUGUACUCGCAAAAUAACUCUAUAUUAGUGCGUUAACUCUGAGAAAUCUUUAAUGCACAGUUGUACAUAUUUUUGCGGGAAAUAAGGAUAAUUUUGCUGUUUUAUGUCACAAUGUCUAUAUAUGUUUCGUAACAUUAACAUGCUUUUUUUAAUUACUUUUGACAUCAACUUCAUUAUAACUGCCAUACUAAUAGUUUAAAUGACUUCCAGAUAAUAUUUGUUGUAUUAUACGUAACACCGUAAACAUGCGAACAUGUUUUCUGUAUCGCCGUGUAAACAUUGUACAUAAACGUCAUUAAUACACUUGUUAUAAAACCUGA